CAAGAGCCCACUUAAUUUUAGUUGCGACUUCUUCAUUUAAGCUUGCGGUGAGAUCCGUUUGUGUUAAAUUGAUAAACUUUUAGUCUGUUUUUGGUCUAUUGUGCCGUACUUAACAUCACAUAAGAAGCUCGGACGGCAGCGAGAUAAAAAAUACUGGUAUUUUUCCAGUUUGCAAGGUGGGAACGUGAUUAAACUGUGCUGGGUCAACUGUGCACAUGUCUCUGACAUUUGAAAGUGGAAUUUUGUUCUUCUAAGACACAGUAUGUUCUGAAGAUGGAUGACGGGGCUAAGUUGCACCUGAAAGAGUGGCUCAUAGUCCAGAUAGAGAGUGGGGAAUAUGAAGGACUUUGCUGGGAGGAUGAGAACAAAACUAUGUUCAGGAUACCGUGGAAGCACGCAGCCAAGAAGGACUACAAACAGACGGAAGAUGCGGCGUUGUUCAAGGCUUGGGCUGUGUACAAGGGCAAAUAUAGGGAGGGCAGGGACAGAGCUGAUCCCACCAUGUGGAAGACUCGUCUACGCUGUGCACUUAACAAAAGCACAGACUUCCAGGAAGUCCCUGAACGCAACCAGCUAGAUAUCACGGAGCCAUACAAGGUCUAUCGCAUCCAACAUGAUAACAGCCAAUCCAGGCCAGCAGAGUCUAUUCAAAUAAAGGAUCAAGUGAUGCACCAUGCCAAGAGGUCUCCAAGGACCCCCGCUUAUCUGGACAAAUUGCCCCCAAAUAAAGAAGAAUCCUUUCAAGGAGACAAAGAAGAAAAAAUAUUAACAGAAAACCUGAUGAGGGAGCACAUGUACUGUGAGUUAGUGGAAAAACAUCAAAACCCGGCCCCUGCACCUAUAGCCUUCUUUCCUACACUUGCUAUAUCAGACUUCCGUAUGCAGGUGAUGUUGGUGUAUCAGGGCCAGAUAGUGACGAAAGUGACCACCAGGAGUCCAGAUGGGUGUUUUAUCCUGCAGGGACAUGUUCCUUUGGGAAAUGAGAAGAUUUACGGACCCUGCACUGCCCAACAGCUUUCUUUCCCUUCCCCGGGCUCUGUAUGCCAGCCACCCACUAUGGCUGAAGCAAUGAAUCGCCUUCUUUGUCACCUGGAAAGAGGUGUUCUAUUAUGGGUGGCCCCAGAUGGAGUGUUUAUCAAGAGAUUCUGCCAGGGCAGAGUGUACUGGAACGGCCCCAUGGCCCAACACACCGACAAACCCAACAAACUGGAGCGAGAAAAAACCUUCAAACUGCUUGAUAUACCCACAUUUCUCAAUGGUCUCCAGAACUGUCUACAGGGGAGGGGGCCUACACCCUCUUAUGAGAUUGAGCUCUGCUUUGGAGAGGAAUAUCCGGACCCCAAUGUACCUAAAACCAAGAAGCUGAUCAUGGCUCAGGUGGUUCCCUUGUUUGCAGUGGAGCUAUUGCAGAGGUUCAAUUUGGCAGAAACUGAAGAGAAGCCUCUGACCAUCACCUCCAACACAGCGGGAGAGAAGAUGUAGGAGGAUGAGGAAAGCUACCGUGCUUCAGGGUAGGCUUGGACAGUGUACAAGUGGAUUACUGAAGGUGUGUUUCUUCCCUGUAAAGACACCCGCAGAGCAUUACAGUGUUGUCAGCAGAGAUGGAGAUGUGUUUAAGAAACAUAUCAUUGCAACACUGACCUGUUUGUAAUGCAUCAAAGUAAUUUGCUUUUUAUUUCUACCUUUUGUUGACUGUAAAGUGUUACCAAGUGCUCUGCAAACAUAUUGUUUAACCCAAUAAAAUGUGCUUCCAAAAUACUGUAACAUUAAAUCUUUAUCAUGUAUCCAAUAUUGAUCUCAUAUAUUUAGAGUAGUACUGCUAAGUAAUUUAAAUUCAUAAUGCUUUACAACAAAUGGCAUGAAUAAAGUGACACUUGUAAAUAAA